AUGAUCCACCGCGAAGUAGCCGAUGGUCUAGAGCGUCUUUGGAACGUAAGAGUAAACUGCAUAUGGGAAGCCGAUGAAAGUAGUCGCCAUGGAGAGGUUUAUAUAUUCGACCAUGUAUUUAAUCAGGAAUGUACAAAUUCAGAUGUAUAUGGAUCUGUAGUAAAACCUUUAGUCGAUUCCUUCAUGGAAGGUUUCAAUGCCACAAUAUUUGCAUAUGGCCAAACAUCUUCUGGCAAAACACACACCAUUUUGGGCAAUAAAACAGAUCCUGGGCUUUUCCAAUUAGUAUCCAAUCAGUUAUUCCAGCAUGUGGCAGACCAGGUUGAUAAGAGGUACUUGAUUAGAUGCAGUUAUAUUGAAAUCUACAAUGAAAAGAUCAAUGACCUCCUGGAUAAGAGCAAUCAGGGUUUAACUAUAAGAGAAGAUAUCAAAGGAAAUGUGCUGCUUGAUGCAAGGGAAGCUGUCGUAGACAAUGUUGAUAAAGUUAUGGAGAACAUGAUGCAGGGCAAUAAGAUCAGACGAGUUGCAGCUACUCGCAUGAAUGAGAGGUCAUCUCGAUCACACACGAUUUUCCGGAUUAUUCUGGAGUCGAAAGAUGCCAAUCAGAAAGAUGGACCUGUACAUAUAAGCUACCUUAACUUAAUGGACUUAGCUGGUUCUGAGAGAGUUUCUCUGACGAAAGCUGCUGGUGAGCGUCUUAAAGAGGGGGCUAACAUAAACAAAUCUUUGUCAGUAUUAGGAAAUGUGAUAAGGCAACUAAGCGAGGGGAAGGAGUUUAUCAGUUAUCGCGAUUCGAAAUUGACUAGACUGCUCUCACAGGCUCUUGGCGGAAAUGUGCUGCUUGAUGCAAGGGAAGCUGUCGUAGACAAUGUUGAUAAAGUUAUGGAGAACAUGAUGCAGGGCAAUAAGAUCAGACGAGUUGCAGCUACUCGCAUGAAUGAGAGGUCAUCUCGAUCACACACGAUUUUCCGGAUUAUUCUGGAGUCGAAAGAUGCCAAUCAGAAAGAUGGACCUGUACAUAUAAGCUACCUUAACUUAAUGGACUUAGCUGGUUCUGAGAGAGUUUCUCUGACGAAAGCUGCUGGUGAGCGUCUUAAAGAGGGGGCUAACAUAAACAAAUCUUUGUCAGUAUUAGGAAAUGUGAUAAGGCAACUAAGCGAGGGGAAGGAGUUUAUCAGUUAUCGCGAUUCGAAAUUGACUAGACUGCUCUCACAGGCUCUUGGCGCAUGUGGGCAGACCAGGUUGAAUAAGAGGUACUUGAUUAGAUGCAGUUAUAUUGAAAUCUACAAUGAAAAGAUCAAUGACCUCCUGGAUAAGAGCAAUCAGGGUUUAACUAUGAGAGAUAUCAAAGGAAAUGUGCUGCUUGAUGCAAGGGAAGCUGUCGUAGACAAUGUUGAUAAAGUUAUGGAGAACAUGAUGCAGGGCAAUAAGAUCAGACGAGUUGCAGCUACUCGCAUGAAUGAGAGGUCAUCUCGAUCACACACGAUUUUCCGGAUUAUUCUGGAGUCGAAAGAUGCCAAUCAGAAAGAUGGACCUGUACAUAUAAGCUACCUUAACUUAAUGGACUUAGCUGGUUCUGAGAGAGUUUCUCUGACGAAAGCUGCUGGAAAUGUGCUGCUUGAUGCAAGGGAAGCUGUCGUAGACAAUGUUGAUAAAGUUAUGGAGAACAUGAUGCAGGGCAAUAAGAUCAGACGAGUUGCAGCUACUCGCAUGAAUGAGAGGUCAUCUCGAUCACACACGAUUUUCCGGAUUAUUCUGGAGUCGAAAGAUGCCAGUCAGAAAGAUGGACCUGUACAUAUAAGCUACCUUAACUUAAUGGACUUAGCUGGUUCUGAGAGAGUUUCUCUGACGAAAGCUGCUGGUGAGCGUCUUAAAGAGGGGGCUAACAUAAACAAAUCUUUGUCAGUAUUAGGAAAUGUGAUAAGGCAACUAAGCGAGGGGAAGGAGUUUAUCAGUUAUCGCGAUUCGAAAUUGACUAGACUGCUCUCACAGGCUCUUGGCGAUGUAUAUGGAUCUGUAGUAAAACCUUUAGUCGAUUCCUUCAUGGAAGGUUUCAAUGCCACAAUAUUUGCAUAUGGCCAAACAUCUUCUGGCAAAACACACACCAUUUUGGGCAAUAAAACAGAUCCUGGGCUUUUCCAAUUAGUAUCCAAUCAGUUAUUCCAGCAUGUGGCAGACCAGAUCAAUGACGUCCUGGAUAAGAGCAAUCAGGGUUUAACUAUAAGAGAAGAUAUCAAAGGAAAUGUGCUGCUUGAUGCAAGGGAAGCUGUCGUAGACAAUGUUGAUAAAGUUAUGGAGAACAUGAUGCAGGGCAAUAAGAUCAGACGAGUUGCAGCUACUCGCAUGAAUGAGAGGUCAUCUCGAUCACACACGAUUUUCCGGAUUAUUCUGGAGUCGAAAGAUGCCAAUCAGAAAGAUGGACCUGUACAUAUAAGCUAA